AUGGUGACACAUCAAGAAUUAGUCAGCUGUGUGGGCUGGACUACUGCUGAAGAACUGUAUUCAUGUAGUGAUGAUCACCAAAUAGUGAAGUGGAACUUGUUAACAAGUGAAACAAUUCAGAUAGUGAAGCUUCCUGAUGAUAUUUACCCUAUAGAUCUUCACUGGUUUCCAAAAAGUUUAGGCAUAAAGAAACAGACGCAGGCAGAAAGCUUUGUCCUCACAAGUUCUGAUGGUAAAUUUCAUCUGAUUUCCAAGUUAGGAAGGGUGGAAAAAAGUGUAGAAGCCCACUGUGGAGCAGUACUUGCAGGAAGAUGGAAUUAUGAAGGAACAGCAUUAGUUACAGUUGGAGAAGAUGGACAAGUAAAAAUUUGGUCAAAGACUGGGAUGCUUAGAUCAACUUUAGCUCAGCAAGGAACCCCGGUGUAUUCAGUGGCAUGGGGCCCUGAUUCAGAAAAAGUUCUUUACACAGCAGGCAAGCAGCUGAUCAUUAAACCUCUUCAACCAAAUGCUAAAGUUUUACAGUGGAAAGCUCAUGAUGGCAUUAUUUUAAAAGUAGAUUGGAACUCAGUCAAUGAUCUUAUUUUAUCUGCUGGUGAAGACUGUAAAUAUAAGGUGUGGGAUAGUUAUGGCCGCCUGCUGUACAAUUCACAACCUCAUGAGCAUCCUAUUACUUCAGUUGCUUGGGCUCCAGAUGGAGAAUUAUUUGCUGUUGGAUCGUUUCAUACUUUACGCUUGUGUGAUAAAACUGGGUGGUCAUAUGCAUUAGAAAAACCCAACACUGGCAGCAUAUUUAAUAUUGCAUGGUCAAUUGACGGGACUCAGAUUGCUGGAGCCUGUGGAAAUGGACAUGUUGUUUUUGCACAUCUGGUGGAGCAACGUUGGGAGUGGAAAAAUUUUCAAGUAACAUUAACUAAAAGAAGGACCAUGCAGGUUCGUAACGUUCUUAAUGAUGCAAUGGAUUUACUGGAAUUUCGAGAUAGAGUCAUUAAAGCAUCUUUGAACUAUGCACACUUAGUUGUUUCAACGUCUCUUCAAUGUUAUGUGUUCUCUACGAAGAACUGGAAUACACCACUUAUAUUUGAUCUCAAAGAAGGAACUGUUAGUUUAAUUGUGCAAGCAGAAAGGCAUUUUCUUCUUGUAGAUGGUGGUGGUAUCUAUUUAUAUUCUUAUGAAGGGCGCUUCAUUUCUUCUCCAAAAUUUCCUGGAAUGAGAACAGAUAUUCUGAAUGCACAGACUGUGUCUCUGAGUAAUGAUACCAUAGCAAUAAAAGAGAAAGCUGAUGAAAAAAUAAUCUUCCUUUUUGAGGCAUCAACUGGAAAACCAUUAGGUGAUGGGAAGCUUCUUUCUCAUAAGAAUGAAAUCUUAGAAAUUGCUCUGGAUCAAAAAGGACUUACCAAUGACAGAAAAAUUGCUUUCAUUGAUAAAAAUAGAGAUCUCUAUAUUACCUCAGUGAAACGAUUUGGGAAAGAAGAACAAAUUAUCAAACUUGGAACAAUGGUGCAUACUUUGGCAUGGAGUGAUACAUGCAAUAUCCUUUGUGGACUUCAAGAUACUCGAUUUACACUGUGGUAUUACCCCAAUACGGUUUACGUGGACAGAGACAUUUUGCCUAAAACAUUAUGUGAAAAGGAUGCAAGUGAAUUUAGUAAAAAUCCCCAUAUUGUGAGUUUUGUUGGAAAUCAGGUAACUAUAAGAAGAGCUGAUGGCUCCCUGAUUCACAUCAGCAUAUCACCAUAUCCUGCUAUUCUCCAUGAAUAUGUAAGCAGUUCAAAAUGGGAAGAUGCUGUAAGACUUUGCCGCUUUGUUAAGGAACAAACCAUGUGGGCUUGCCUAGCUGCCAUGGCAGUUGCUAAUCGAGACAUGACUACUGCCGAAAUAGCCUAUGCAGCAAUUGGUGAAAUUGAUAAGGUUCAAUACAUCAAUUCUAUAAAAAAUCUUCCAUCUAAAGAAUCAAAAAUGGCUCACAUACUAAUGUUUAGUGGGAACAUACAGGAGGCUGAAAUAGUACUUCUUCAGGCUGGCCUUGUUUAUCAAGCAAUCCAGAUCAAUAUUAAUCUCUACAAUUGGGAAAGGGCUCUGGAAUUGGCUGUAAAAUACAAAACACAUGUUGAUACAGUUCUUGCUUACCGUCAAAAAUUUUUGGAAACAUUUGGUAAACAGGAAACUAAUAAACGGUACUUGCAGUAUGCAGAAGAACUUCAAAUAGACUGGGAGAAAAUCAAAGCCAAAAUUGAAAUGGAAAUCACGAAAGAACGAGAGAGAUCAUCAAGCAGCCAGUCCAGUAAGAGUAUGGGUCUAAUGCACUAAAUGCCAUACUUACCUAUAAGAAGUUUUCUUUUGAAACUAAUUCUGAUUAACCAAGGAUAAGCAUGUUUUAGUUGCUAAAGAAAAAGGCAUAGUCUUUAAAUAAGUAUAAGCAUUUUCUAUGUAUUUAAUAUUAAAAUUACAUUAAGAAA